AUGUCUGCCGCGCCGCCAGCAAGGCAGCCGUCGCCCUUUUCGCAGCCGCCGACUUCUGAGCGAGCACCUACAUCUGCGCGUCUACCGCCGCUGGGCACUAAUGGCACGAGCGCCAGCGUUCAGCGAGCUAAGAGGCGAAAUCAGGCUGCUCCGCCUGCGCUUGUGGUCAAUGUUGCAAAGGCGCUCAAGCGAGACUAUUACGAGAAUGCUGAUCCAUCGACAAAGCCCUUCAUUCGAGCAUUCCUCAUGGGAUACGCGUUCAGUGUUGGCCCGGCGCUAAUCAAGGCGGUUUUCGCGCUGGCCUUGCCUCGGAAUAAGGAACUCGUAGCAAGUCAGCGCGUGAUCAGAUUCAUCAAGGCGGCGCUCAAGUCUAUCGCUCGCGGAAUCGACCCGAGAGGUCUCGCCUUCGUUUUUGGCAUUAGCUUCGGGGGCGCAAAGUGGCUCGAGAAGCACAUCAAGCCGCUCGUAGAAUCGACCUACUAUGCUGUGCAUGGCGGCCAACGACGCAAGUUGAACGGCCGAACAGGCACGGAGCCUCUGCCUAGCCCCGGACUCAAACUCGCGCUGUCCGAACUGGAUUCAGGUGAUCCUGCUAGCAGCUCAACUCCCGCUGCAGCUGUGGCGAUGAUGCGCGAUGAGGAGAACAUGGGGCUCUUGACCACCUUGACCGCCUCGGUCUUGUCAUCAGCAUUCGCGCUCACCUUGCUGCAAUCUUCGCCCUCGUACAGUGCGAAUCCAAGGGCAACUUUGAUGCCCCUUCCCGUGCAUGAUGGCGAUGAGCAAGCGCUAUCCGAGAGCACCCUAGCAGCGACGGCGCGCAAGCUGCCCCGCAGGGAAUCGCCUACAUUAGAUCUGACGCUCUUUAUGCUCGUCCGUGGCGUGGACACACUUGUACGAGGCAUCUACGUCGCUCACCCUCGCUGGCAUCGCAUCUUUGGAGGCAUGGCAGCCCAAGCAGAUACGAUUGUCUUCUGGCUCAGCUGCUGGCGGAUCAUGUUCUGCUGGUUCUAUCUUCCACACCGACUGCCGCCGUCAUACGUCAGAUGGAUCACAAAUCUCAGCCGGAUGGACGUUAGGCUGCUUCGUCUCUUGCGCGAUUGUCGAAAUGGCGAUUGGCAAUAUGGCAAAGUGCCGAAGACUGAAGCUCUGCGCGCAACCGGUCCAAAGAUUGCAAUCGCGAUGGGAUUCCCACCCGAAGCCGCUAUGCCUGAUCUCAUUCCUACGCUGCCUUGCACACUCGUUCAUGGCAAAGUUGGCAAUACAGAAAGCUGCGAAGUGAAUGCGAUCAAGAGAUGGGGUGUAGGGUGGCUGCAGUGUAUGGGCAUCUAUUUGCCCGUGCACGCUCUUCCUCGCCUGCUCUUCGGCAAACGCGCUUUCGCUGCAAACCCGGUACGCACGCUAUUGCAAGUCUUCCUAGCAGCCGGUCAAUCUUCUGCGUUCCUGGCGACAUUCAUUGCUAGCGUCUAUGCCUUUGUGUGUCUCGGCAGAACGAGACUCUUGCCAAAGCUUUUCCCCUCAGUCUCUCAGAACUUCUGGGACGGGGGCUUUGCGCCUGCACUCGGCUGUUUCAUGUGCGGCUUCAGCGUACUCAUCGAAAACAAACGACGCCGAGGCGAAAUGGCGCUAUAUGUCGCGCCACGAGCGGUCUACGCCGUCAUGGAUGAAGUUCUGCCGGAAUGGCUCUUCAGUGGCAAGACGGGGCAGCUCGUCAGCAAAUACAGCGAACGCAGCAUCUUUGCACUGUCCACUGGCGUCGUCACUGCAGCAGCUGUUCAUCGACCUGCACUGCUACGCGGGCUUAUGCGGGGCGUGCUCAGAUAUCUCGUUGGCGAUUGGGACGGCGAUGCUCGACAGGCGCCAGAGACGCCAAGACGAGCAGACGGCAAGCGUAUCGAGCGUGCUGACCUAGCACUCCGUUUGCAAGACGCAAAGCAUUUACAGUCCUAG